AUGCAACGUCAACUCAGCCAUAAACGGUCCAAGAGUGCGUUAGCGCUCUCCAUCCUUCAUCGCGACAAGUCCAAGACUGAGGAUAGAGAGGAUGACAACCGCAGCUUCGAAGACGGCUCGCCGACAUCCACUGCUGCGUCGUCCUCUUACACAAAUGGUCAACGUCAUCACCAUUCGUCUCUUUCUUUAACGAAUAUUCGCAACAAUACUCGCCGCAAGGCAGGACCAGACAUGACGGAUUCCCCGAGUGCUUCCCGUGAGGGUAAUCUCGAGACCAUAGUCUCCAAUCAAAGCGAGGAGAGUUCGGGAAAGCCCGGAUCUCGUGGGACUACUGAGAAUGGAGGCGUUUCCCUUGAACAGUCAGUGCGUGCUUUCCGUCUCUUUGAGAUCUUGCGGAACGGAGACACGACUGCGAUCUCGAAAGCCAUCAGGGAGUCGAAAGAUCAACAAGGCAUGGCGGCGGCCUCGGGCACUACGAUUCUUCAUCUGGCGAUCCAGUGUGCGGAGCCGCAGGUUGUGGAAUAUGUUCUGUCUAGUGGAGACGAGAUUGAUAUCAAUGCUCGCGAUCGUGAGGGCAAUACACCUCUCCAUCUUGCGGCUCAACUUGGACGAGAUUCCAUAGUACGAGCAUUACUCGACCGACCAGAGAUCGACGACUCGGUUGUCAACUAUCGGGGCCAAGCCCCUCUCGACCUUGCGCGUACUCCAGAGAUUUUCCAGCAGCUUCAGCUUGCUCGUUCUCUAUUCAUCGAUCGCAAGACGAAAGAAAUCCAGGAACUUGUCACGCAGGGCAACUAUGAGAAGUUGGAGAAGGUCCUCGAAGAGCCCCGAGUGGAAGGAAGCUUGGACGUAAACAGCCUUGAACUGGUCACGGAUAGCGCUACCGCCCAGACAGGGGGCACAUUGCUGCACGAGGGGGCAAGGAAAAAGGAUACGAAGCUCAUUCAAAUUCUUUUGAUGCAUGGCGCGGAUCCCUUCCGCCGGGACAAGAAAGGGAAACUCCCACAAGACGUCACCAAAGAUGAUAAAACGAGGGCGAUUCUUAAAAAGUCUCCUGCCGCAGUCAUAGCUCAACGUGGCAUUCAAGAAAGAGCUAUACUUGGGAACACUGCCGCUCAAGCGAACUCUGGUCGGGCUGGGGGCGCAGAGGUGGCUCUUGCCGGCAAAGAUGCUCGGGAGAUGAAGGGCUACUUGAAGAAAUGGACCAACUAUACAGGAGGCUAUAAACUUCGAUGGUUUGUGCUCGAAGAUGGCGUCUUGAGUUAUUACAAACAUCAAGAUGAUGCCGGCUCGGCUUGUCGAGGUGCGAUUAGUAUGCGAAUUGCAAAACUUCAUAUGGAUUCGCAAGACAAGACCCGCUUUGAAAUCCAUGGCAAGUCAUCUGUGAAGUACCACCUGAAAGCCAACCAUGUUGUGGAAGCGAAAAGGUGGUUUUGGGCGUUGAACAACGCAAUUCAAUGGGCGAAAGACGAAGCAAAGGAGGAAGAGAAGCGGAGAACCAGGGACGCAGAACUACUUCGUCAAGCGAAGAUGGACCAGAUCGAGGGCCGGGCUUCAGAAACUCAAGCAGAAUCAAGCGCGUCCACGAGCUCCAAGCUGAACGCAAGGGGAUUGGCCCCCCCGACAAUUGUGAAAUCAAAUGCCAGCUUUUCCCGGAUCAGUACUCACACGUCUCGGACUGCAGCAGAGAGCAGCCCGGGUGAUGAUGAUGGCUCUGGUUACGGCUCCUACGACCCUAGCAUCGCGCAGAAUGAGGUGAACCGAGUUGUCAGUCAUAUGACGAGUGGACCUGAUGGAGAUGGUGAAUAUGACGAUUAUGGGGAUGACGUGUCUAGUCGCGAUGUACAACCGGCUAACAAAGAUGCCUUCAAUAUUACCGCCCAGUCUGCGAAACUCCAACUGGACCUUCUCGCCAAUGUUUCAGCCUCUCUUCAAGCAGAGAAGUCAAAAAACCCGGAUCUGGCAAUAUCAGAUCCGGCCGUCGAUCAGGCGCUGGCCGCGUACGAAUCUGCCGUGAAUAGUCUCAAUGGACUUUUGGCAGAUCUCUUGAAGAUAUCGCGAGACCGUGACGCCUAUUGGCAAUACCGGCUGGAUAAGGAGGCCGAUACACGCAAGAUGUGGGAGGAAAGCAUGGCCCGGAUUGUUCAGGAACACGAAGAAUUGCAGACCAAGAUCGGUGAGUCCGAGGAUAAGCGGAAGCGCACCAAGAAAGCUCUCAAAGAGGUCCUGGAGAACGCUUCAGCAAGCAACAGUCGCCCAAUUAGUCGAGGGCUGUCACAUGCGCAAGUUGACGAAGCGAUUGAAUCACUAGAAAAUACUGCGGACAACGCUUCCAGAGAAGACUCCGGGAAAGCGAGCCAGGUUGAACAUCCUGCUCAGCAGCCAGAGACCAAUAGGCUGCGUGAGAACCCUGGUCUCCGUCCUUCAUCAUCGAGGAGGCAAAGUAUCUCUGAAUACGCCGAUCUCGCUGAGUCGGAGUCGGAUGAUGAGGAAUUUUAUGAUGCUAUUGAUUCUGGAGAGAUUGCAGUUGAGGAGCUGGCAACUUCUGAGGUUACUGCGGAGAAACCAUCGCUGGACGAUGUUAAUGCCGAUCUGCGGGCCGCUAAAUAUGCCGAAAUAGUUCCUUCCUUCAAAGGCUAUGAGGACCCUCCAAGACAGAAACUCAAACUUGAGGUCGACAAUCGGCCCAAGGUCUCCCUGUGGGGUAUUCUUAAGUCCAUGAUUGGCAAGGACAUGACGAAGAUGACUCUUCCAGUUUCCUUCAACGAACCCACGUCGCUUCUUCAGCGAGUUGCAGAAGACAUGGAGUAUUCUGAUCUUCUGGAUAUUGCUGCCGACCGGGCAGAUUCUUUGGAACGUAUGAUCUAUGUUGCUGCCUUUGCUGCAAGUGAAUACGCCUCGACAAUCGGGCGGGUAGCAAAGCCCUUUAAUCCUCUUUUGGGAGAGACCUUUGAGUACGUCAGGCCGGACAAGGGCUAUCGUUUCUUUGUGGAACAGGUCAGCCACCAUCCACCGAUCGGUGCUGCAUGGGCUGAAUCGGCCAAAUGGGAUUACUACGGUGAGUCGGCCGUCAAGUCGAAGUUCUACGGGAAAUCCUUUGAUAUAAACCCUUUGGGGACGUGGUUUUUGAAACUGCGUCCCAUAACAGGGAAGGAGGAACUGUACACCUGGAAGAAAGUUACGUCUUCGGUGGUCGGUAUCAUAACGGGCAAUCCCACUGUGGAUAAUUACGGCCCAAUGGAAAUUAAGAAUUGGACGACGGGUGAUAUGUGCUAUUUGGACUUUAAACCUCGCGGAUGGAAAACGUCAUCCGCAUAUCAAGUUACCGGCAAAGUUGUCGAUUCGAAGGGGGCUACGAAAUGGAGUAUCGGCGGGCGAUGGAAUGACAAAAUAUAUGCUCGUCAUACGCCAGGAUAUGAGGCUGAAGUCUCCGAGAAAGAUUCCGAUUCCUCCAAGACAUUCUUGGUGUGGCAGAGUAAUCCUCGUCCAAGCGGUAUCCCAUUCAACCUGACUCCGUUCGUCGUUACCCUGAAUGCGCUUCCUGAUAAACUCCGACCAUACCUGCCUCCCACCGACACUCGACUUCGUCCCGAUCAGCGUGCAAUGGAGGAAGGCGAGUAUGAUUUUGCUGCUACGGAAAAGCAUCGAGUCGAAGAGAAACAGCGAGCGAAACGGAGAGAACGGGAGAGGAAAGGUGAAGAGUUCGUUCCGAAAUGGUUUACGAGGGUACACUCGGUAUCCCGGAAGUUCAUGUCGGAUGUGCCAAGGAUGUCCAGCAGAGUGCUGUCACCAAGAUUUCAAUCUCAAGUCUUCUUCCGCCGCUUCAGACGUUUUCCUCAGCCAAGCGGAAGGUGCAAUUUUUCGCAUUCAACAACUGCCCGAAGCUCGUCCUCCAAGUACAAUGAUCAUCCGCAAUUGAGAACCCCCCCGAGCCGUCUUGACCGGAGACUGACAGUCCCGUCUGCCAAUAACUUCGUGUCGAAAAAUGGUGGUCGAAACCUGCGGACUGCGGCUACUAUUGGACUUUCUGAAGAGACGCGGCCUCUUCGGAAACCCAACAAUCUAUUUCAUCCAUUCUCGCGCUCGCCGUCACCCAUCAUCAGGCGACGCGCUGCAUUUAUAAUGCAGAAUGCUUUCUGUCCUCAUCCAAGUCAUCAACAGACUCGCCUGCCGACUUCUCCAAAUGACCCCGAAGCACGAAAGAGUCCGAACGCGAGCCUCCCACCAGCUCACUCACGCUUUGAGUGCCCCGAUUGUGGAGUACCAAUAUAUUGCUCUGAAGAACACUGGAUGGAUGAUUAUGAGGCGCAUUUAGAGAUCUGCGAUACCAUCAGGCAGAUCAACGAGGAUGAUCAUGAUUUAGUUUCGGGGCGUUUCUUCCCUGAAUUCUCAUAUCCCGGGCCCCAAGAUGACAACUUUGUGAUCAACAUGACGAAUUGGGACACGUUCCUCUAUACGCGCGAGUUUGAAGCCAUCAACAAUGAGAGGAGUAUGCGGCAAGUGACCCGGUUGCUAACCUAUCCCGUCACCAUCGGGAGUGUGCUGCACGAAUUGAGUCCUUACAAUAUCCGCAAAGGAGGGAGGUUGACCGUUGAAGGUCUUAAGAGCUUCAGUGCACUUCGAUACACAUUGCAUCCGCCCAAGAUGGGAGAAGGAACGGACGUACACGGGCUGCGUCUCAAGGCUCCUCCAGUCCGCAUAUUUGUUCUUGGAGCUCGUGCCGAGUCUUCCCUGCCCCGUCAAGUCUGGCUUCAGCUCACCCAUAUGUUCCCCCGAGCCCUUAUCAACCUCAUCUUCAUCGGACCGGAAAGUAUGGCCAACCGAGACGACGAAUUUCCUCUUCCGGAACGCACACCGGAAAAUCCAUUUGGCGCCAUUGUUGAGGACCGUCUCGGCCCACAGAUGAAGAUCACUACCUACGUUGAUUACUUCCACAAUAUGCAUAAAGCUCAGUAUUUCUAUCCAUAUGACCCAUACUUUGACUGCUUUGUGCUCUUCCACCCGGGUCUCGGGCACCCUGCUAGUGCUCAUGAAUGGGAAGAGACUCUUCCGCAGCUCCUGGAGACGAAGGUGCCCAUCCUGUGCACGGGAUACACGCAAUGGGAUAUGGAGAGGGAUAUGAACUGGGUCAAGGAAAAGUGCGCGGGAGAAUUCGACAUCUUGCUCGAGCCCGGGGAGAACCGAUUCCGAAGCCUGAGAUGGGAUCUGAACGAUCUGGAUCCGCAUGACAUCUCCUGCGGGAACUGGGGUCUGUGGGCGUUUAGAGGGAAGAGGUACGAGGCUACUUACAAGAACCCGUCCUAG